AUGAAAGAAUUCAGAGACUGGAUUUGUCAGGGUUUGCUCCAGUCGGCUCUUCGCAAAGUCGCAAACGGUUAUAAUUACUACAAAGUCAGGAACAAAACUUUGCCAGCUCCCUUUGAAUUUAAUGUUGUUUCUGUGUCUGACAAGAACUGGUUUUACCACAUAUUCGAGAUAGGCUGCUUCCUCGAUAGCAGCGUAACACAUGGAUGUGUUUUUUACUACCUGAGGAAGAUUGGCUUUUAUGGUAAAUCUGCCGCCGUCAGGUUUACAACGACAGAUGUGUACGCAAUGUUUGUGUCUCAGUCGCGGAACAAGUCUGUAUGCAAUGUAGACGAUAUGCUCAUUGACUACAUACUCGGCUAUAAGAUUAUAUGUGCUGUUCCUUGGUCCAAGGUUGAUCAUGUCAUGUUUCCGAUGCAUUUGGAAAUAAACAAUGUGGGUCACUGGAUUUUGGGACGAUUUUCGCUUGAUGACAUGAAGCUUUAUAUCUACAAUUCAAUUCGGACUGAAGAUUGUGAUGUCCUUGUUACGGAGAUUGUGAAGGCUUAUGUUGAGAUUCUGCCCAUAUUCCUUGCCUUGGUGAAUUUUUCGAGGAGUGGAGUGGCUUGCAACGGUAAUAUUGAAGUGGUUAUGGUGGACAAUCUGCCACAGCAGAACAACAGUGAUUGUGGGGUAUAUGUUGCAUCUUUUGCUGAACAUUUCAUUUCGGGUCAUGAGAUCAACAAGGAGAAGUUUGAUGUCACUUCUUUUAGGGAGAGAUACGCAUAUUUGCUCUACGACCAUGGCAAAAUGAAACAAGAUAAUGGAUAUGUCAGUGAUGAUGAAUCCCCUGGUAGUGCACCCGAUGAAGUUAGGAUUAGUCUUUUGAAUUUGAGAGAAAAAUCAUAG